AAGUGUUCCCUCCUUCCGUGUAGAAAAGAAACUCUGAAGGCAGAAUCCGUGCCCGGGCCUAGAAAUUGACCCUUUCCCACUCUCCGCCCUACCGCUCUCCGCCUCACGACACGGAUCCUGAAGUCCUUCACCCCUGCAGGUCACAACUUCCAGAAACUCCUCGCACACGCCAACCUGAUGUCUUCAGACAAGUUAUGGCUUGUAGGUGCCUCUGCCCCCACGGUGUUACGAGAGGAAUUGGAAAACCUGGAGUUCGUCGGCCAAGGCGGGUUCGGCACGGUGUUCCGGACGCGACAUACGAAGUGGGGCUACGAUGUGGCGGUCAAGUUGGUGAACUCAGAGUCGAUAACCAGGGAGGUGAAGGCUAUGCGAAAUCUGCGUAACAAGUUUGUGCUACUCCUGCUGGGGGUCACCGGGAAGCUGACGACUGAGUACGGCUAUGGGCCGGCUCUGGUGACUCAAUUCAUGGAGAACGGCUCCCUGGCAGAGCUCCUGCAACCCCAGUGCCCUCGGCCCUGGCCACUCCUCUGCCGCCUCCUGCAAGAGGUGGUGCUUGGGAUGUGUUACCUGCACAGCCUGAACCCCGUGCUACUGCAUCGAGACCUCAAGCCCUCCAACGUCCUGCUGGACUCAGAGCUGCACGUUCAGCUGGCAGAUUUUGGCCUAUCCACAUUUCAGAAGAGCUCAAAGUCAGAAGCAGGGUUCAAGGAGCCAGGGGGCACGCUAGCCUACCUGGCCCCAGAGCUGUUGGCUAAUAUAAACCAGAAUGCCUCCAAGGCCUGUGAUGUCUUCAGCUUCGGGAUCCUCAUGUGGGCAGUGCUAGCUGGAAGAGAACCUGACAAGGUCAAGACAUCACUUGUGCAGACAGUAGUGUGUGAGGAGCAGGUCCGGCCCCCACUGACAGAGCUGCCCCACCCUGGGCCCGAGACUCCCGGCUUGGAAGUCCUGAUGGAAUUAAUGCAGCAAUGCUGGAGCCACAAGCCCAAUGACAGGCCCUCCUUCCAGGACUGCCGAACAAAUAUUGAUAAAGCCAUCCUUCAGGAGCAAGAUAAGGUGGAUACCUCUGUCUCUAAGGUGAAGAAGUUUCUCUCUGAGCACAGGGGCAGCAGCAGGAGGGGUUCUGCCCCAGAACUGGGCCCAGGAGGGACAGAGCUGGAUGGCGCUGAAAGUGAUUCCAUGGUCUCUGAAUUCUGGAACAAAAUGCACCUGAAGGAGGCCCCCAGCUCUGAUCCUGAAAAAAAUGCAAGACUUACUGAGAGAAUCAGGGCAAAGGGAAAACAGGCUCAAGAUGCCAAGUCAGCAGGGACAUCUUCAAAUUCAACUGCCCGACCUCCCCAAACUCCAGAGACCUCAUCUUCUAGAAACCAGAUGCCCGGAUUCACUUCACCUUGGACCUCAGGUCCCUGGCCCCAAAGGAAUCAGGGAGCUGAGAGACAAGGCAUGAAUUAUUAUCCCUGGAGCUACUGGAUAAAUUCAAUACCAGGACAACAGCCUGCCAUAUAUGGGAGCCAAGCAGUUCAGGUUGGAAACUACAACAACAUGACUAUACAGGGCUUGGAUAAUGGCCAGCAGCGCCCCCCAGGAGUAGGUGCAGAAGAAGGCCCAGAGGAACCUAAAGCCUAGAGUGGAGCACAGUGCAAAUAUAACAGUGGGAACUGCGACACCUGCUAAACUGCCUCAAGGAAUUGAGAUGACUCUGUGAGCUGAUUUCAGAUGGAACUCAAUAAACAUGGUGGAACUGUA